AAUUGGGCCACAGUGUCGUCUGCUUUCGUCUAGUUAAAAAUUGCGAAAACGAAAAAAGUCAGAGACAAAGUCCAAGAUUUAUAUUGUUAUAGAUUUAUUUCUUUUUGAUAACCGUCAUACUCCAUGCUGUAUAGCGGAUUUGAGGCAAGAGCGAGCCAUCAUAACCACCCACUAUGCAAGUUUUUCUUGUGCAGGUACGUGUUAACCUAUCACCAGCAACAAUCUCAGGAUAAUCGCUUGGGCUUGGAUAAACAGCAUCCCAUUGCAUUGGAAUGCAAUCGAAUGCAUUUUCAAUCGAGUGACGGAUCUGUCCUCGUGUACGCUCAUGUGAAUGUGGGUGUAUUCACGAGGACAUCCUUUCUACCCUAUCCCGUCUGCUGGUGUCAUUUAACUCUUCCAGCGGAUGGAUGGAGCAACUGACGUAGAUGCCUGGCUGUAUUUCCCAGGUACAAAGAAAAAUUGGACUCGACACACGAUGGACGAUUUAUUGCACCGGUUACGUCACGACAUGGUGGAAUUAUCGUCACAGGGAGACAAUUUCACGCAGCAAAUAUGGUUGAUGUACGGACAAUUUGAGCAAGUGGUCGACCGUUUCAAUUGGCCAGUCGCAACUGAAGAGAGAAGAGCGGCCUUCAGCAUUCAUCGGUCGCAGCAGCUGCGACACUCGCCCAUCCAUCGACGCCGACGCCGCCACCGACGCUACUCCCCGUCGCCCAACUGCGGUAGGAGGAAGAUGAACACGAUCGGAUCAUCGACGACCAGUUUCGCCAGUGAUUCAGAGUCCGACAGUGAAAUGGAAGUGCCCAAAAUGAUGGGAUUGGCCCGACAGGGCGUCUACGGAAGCCGAUCCGGCAGCAAAGGAUUGAAUCCGCUUUUGGACACCAUUAGCGUCAUUGGCGAUUUGUGCGACUCGGACGACGCCGUCGACGGUCCCGCAUCCGGAGCACUUUACGCCGGAUCCAAUUCCGUCGAUUCCGGAUACAAGAGCUCCUGUCCGACUCCCGACUGUUUGAUCCUGGCGCAGGACGCCAGUAAUUACAUCAGCGCUCGGCCACCGCCGGUCCUGCCCAAACCCCGCCGCACUCUUCCGGCCGCACCCGCUUUGGUGGGUUCGACAUCCGGCAGCCACCCGGAAGGAUCCAAUCACUGCACGGCUCCGCUGGAUCUUGACCAUUUGACGUCGUUGCGCCAGACGCUUUUGACGGCCAUCGAACGUUACGACACGCGGACCAAAGAGCUUAUCGACCGGGAUCUUCCUUCAUCAUCCGGCGGAGGAGCAAAUAAGUCAUCCUCUCCGGCGGAAUCGGAUCACCAGUUGGGCGACAGCGUCGGGAAUACCGACGACGACAACCAUUCAUCCGAUCGAGGUCUGUCUAAAACGGAACUGAAGGAGGAUAAGAUCCAGCAACAGGAUGGCGCCACUCGUUUCUCCCGGGUGGCUCAUUGCAUGUUGGAAAUCAUUGAAGAUCUUCAGCGCCAGCAACAACAACAGCAGCAACAACAACAUUCCAUUGAGUCUGUCGAUGCUGGAACCGACUUGGAAGUGGUGCCGGCCCCAUCAUCAUCAUCAUCUGUUGUUGGUAGCAGCGGACCGGUAGUGCCACCGAAACCCACUAGGAUUUCGCUUUCUGUGGCCACUACGACGCCAGCGCCAGCGACUCCGCCUCGGGUGGCUCGUCGUGGCAGACGCAAAUUGCCCACGCCGACCCAAGUGCCGAUGAUCCCUCCGUCUCCGCCCAGCUCGGUCGAUUCCGGCGACUUGACGGGAGCCGAUUACCAUCUGUACGAGGAAAUCAUCUACGAUCUCGGCUCGUCUAAAACCUCGAUCGGUUCGAAUUUGGCGCUCAAUUCCAACGAGAAAAACGAGUCCAAUUGCUGCCCGCCACCUUUGCCGGCCAGGCCGUCCAGGCCCCCCAACCCGACGACGGUGGGCUCGUGCCUGAGCAGUUCGGUGAAACCUUGGCUGAACGUCAUCAAACCUCUGCGCAGGGACCGGAACAAUCAGCUGAUCCGCAACAACACGACGAACAGUUGCUCCUCAUUGAGCUCGUCGUGCUCCUCUUCAAGUCACUGGACGUCUCAGAUGGCCAACAAACUCAACAGCCACCACACGGACAUUGCCCGUUCCAAUGUCUACACAUUCGGCAGCCACCCUCAGCAUCCGCAAUCUCAUCCGCCGGUCAACCAUCCACCCGUUAUCAAACCGCAAGCCUUUCAUCCGGCGGCGCCAGCACCCAACAGUUCGUCACUCCACCGCAGCUCGGCCCACCACCACCUACACGAAGACGAGUACGGAUUCCGGGCCGUCUCUCACAUGGUCUAAAAACACCAAUUUCCCGAAUUUUUGAUUAUUUUUUGCUAAACAACAAAACAACAUAUUUUAAAAAAUAAAAAUGUCACGAUAAUUUGUAUAAAAAUUAUUUGUCAACUAUUUGUGUGUGUGUGUGUGUCCUAUACUAUUUUCUUAUCAAAGUUAAUUAACCUGAAUUCUUGUGUUUGGCUGGAGUGUGAGAUUGAAAGGGUUGGAAAUUAAUUGAGCAGCUUAAAAAAAUAAAAGAAAAUUUCAAAAAAAAAGUUGAAGAAGAAAGUGGACCUCUACCUUAUUACAAAUCGUGCCCCGGCGCGUCAUCAUUACGAAAAAAAAAAACAAAAAAACAAAAAAUUAAAAAUUAUUUUUGUCUUUUGGUUGUGUGUAUGUGUGUGGAAUGUGUGUGACCUUAUUUCCCCCUAUUUUAUACUCUUAUAUAUACUAUACAUACCUGCCAGCCCCACAGCCAGCCAUUUUUAUAUAAUAAUAAAUGUUAUAUCGCCCUCA